AACCUAUCCCUUUCCCCUUUCUGCAAUUUCAUCAUUUUAGCAAUUCCAUAGCACGAGCGCUACUGGUCUUGUCAAAACCUGUAAAGUAGAACUUUACUACGUGCUAGUAGAUUUAUUUCUCAAAUGACGUCACUUCCCUCAUUCACCACCAUCACCAUCUCCCUGCCAUACACUCACUCCCCAUUCCCCUUCUCUCUCCCUAACUCCACCUACCAGCCAAGAUGCUAUCCUCCAUAAUCCCCCUCCCCACCCUCCUCCUAACCCUCUACACGCUCUCCCUCAUCAUCCCCACAAUAUCUCGCCUAAGACGCUACGAAUCCGCCAGCAAAACUGCAGCCCAAUACUCCAACACGGCAGCAAAAAAACUCCACAAAACGCAAGUUACGCAGGCGAGCGGUGUAGUCGCUACUGUCGUGUCUCUCAUAUCUUCCUUAUACCUCCUCUCCUCACCUGAUGCCGCGCUCCUCUCUCCCCCAGUCAUCGCAGUCCUAAACACGAUAAUAUGUGCUCUAGCGUACGCGCAUAUGGCGGGGUUCUGGAAUGAGCGCGAACAAACGCGUAUUCCACUCGUUAAGGAUUUCAACGAAGCAAUCAGGGGGAGUGAGAAGGUGGUUUUGCUGUUGGGGACUUUGGGGUUGGGAUGGGGUGUUGCAGCGGGGGUGUGGGUGGUUGGGAUGGGGGAGGGGCUGAUGGGGUUGGCAGUUUGGGUGGUGGCAGUUGGAGCUAGGGUUUGGGGGAUAGCAGGGGAAAUGGGAUGGAGAGGUUGAUAUUUUUUAUGAUGAUGAUGAUGAUGAUGAUGAUGAUGAUGGUCGUGGUCGUGGUCGUGGUUAUGGAAUGACUACACAGUAAUGUCUUUUACA